ACUGCUGGUAAGUAGUUAACCGCAACCACUGUCACGAAGAAGAAUAAGGAGCCGAAGAAAAAGGGAGAAGUUAAAUAUAAGGUGACGUUUGUGUUGGUCAUGUGUUGGCUCAUGGCUGUUUGACGUUCAUUUGGAAAACCAGAAUAGUACUAAAAAGAGUGCACCAUGCCAAAUUCUCGUGCGGCCUCACAAACCCCGGGCAAGAUGCGGGAAAAACCACAGAAGUCUUCCAUCACCAGUCGCUUCAAAGAAAUUCACAUCAGUGAAGAAGUCAAAAUUUCAAUCAACCUCGCUCUGGAAAGGUUUCGUUUCAGUGAGCAGAAAGAGAUGGAGUUUCCCUCCUCGCUUACCUCAACUGAGAGGGCUUUCAUUCACCGUACGGCACAGACUCUGGGGUACAUUUCAAAAAGCAAAGGGAAAGGACCACAUCGCUUCCUCACCAUCAGGAAAAAGAAUAAUCUAGACGGUCGUCGGUCCACCAUGCCCCUGACACUCUCCCAAAACUCCUUACAUGCCAUCUGCAGUCUGCUUCAGAGGUUCCCUUUGACCAGUAAAAUGUGUGAAGAAUUGCAGGCCAGCAACAAAAGCAAACUGGCUGCACAGUCUGACAACUGCGCUGACACAAGCAGGCCAAACUGCCUGAUCAGCAGUGUUUCUGUGGUACCCCCGCGAAGGAGGCCAUCGGAAUUUGACAUUUUCAGACGAUCUCUGCCUGUGUGUGAACAUGAAGAAGAGAUAGUCAGGCUUGUUAGAGAGAACAGGGUGGUGCUGGUGUUAGGAGAGACCGGUUCUGGAAAAACAACCCAGAUUCCACAGUUUCUGCUGGAUGACUGCAGCAAGAAAGGAGAACCCUGCAGAAUUUUCUGUACUCAGCCAAGACGCCUGGCUGCCAUCACAGUCGCUGAGAGAGUGGCAGCCGAGAUGGGAGAGGCAGUUGGCCAUACUGUCGGCUAUCAAAUCAGACUACAGAGCAGGGUUUCUCCAAAGACACUGUUGACCUUCUGCACCAUUGGAGUAUUCCUCAGGACACUGAUGGCUGGAAAUAUCCACAUGACAACUGUCACACAUGUCAUUGUGGAUGAGGUGCAUGAGCGUGAUGGUCUGACUGACUUCCUGCUAACGAAGAUGCUUGAUGUGCUUCAGGAAAUCCCCACAUUAAAACUUAUCCUUUCCAGUGCCUCACUGGAUGUUGACUUGUUCCUCAAAUACUUUGGUGCUUGGUCGUGCCCUGUUGUCCAUCUCAAAGGAAGACAGUUUGAAGUGAAGCAACUCUUUCUGGAGGACAUUCUGAGGCUGACUGAUUUUAACAAGGAAAUGGAGAAGUGUAAGGAGGACUCCCACAGAAAAGACGACAAGCAGAACCUUUUGACAAAGUGGUGUAAAGUAGUGGAGAAGAGUGGUGUUGAAGAAGUACAGAACACACAUGUGGUGUCCUCUGGUUUGCUUGGGAGCAGCAAUGUUUUGGACUCAGAGGAAGGGGAUGGCACCAUCAACACACUGAAUGUGAAUGGCUCAGAGCAGUUGGAGCCAUGGCUGCUAAGAGAGAUGGAUGCCUGCAUUUCUAACAUUUUCAUCAAUGAUGACCAGGAAGCUUUUAUUCAACUUUUCCACCUCAUUCUCACUGAAAAUGUUAAUGUGGACUACAUGCACAGUGAAACAGGAGCAACACCGCUGAUGGUGGCAGCAGGUCGAGGGUUCCUCACUGAGAUGGAGCAGUUGCUUAGCAUGGGGGCUGAUGUCAACCUAAAGGCUUCCAACGGAUGGACUGCUUUAGACUUUGCUCAACAUUUCCAGCAAGCCGAGGCUGUAGAUCUUCUCCAGUCCUCAAUUCCCUUGGGAGCGAUGCAUAGCCGGGAUGAGCUUGCUCUGGUUCAGUGUGCCACUGCUGAGUUGAGAACCGAAGACCAGGAGGUCCUCACACUGUAUCAUGGCAACUUUGAUGAUGAGUUUGUGGAUCUAGAUCUCAUCAUGGACCUGCUGUACAAGAUUUGCUCAACCAUGAGUGAUGGCGCAGUACUUAUUUUUCUUCCUGGAUAUAAUGAGAUUGUGUCACUCAGGGACCGCAUCCUCUAUGAUGACAAGAGAUUCCAGGGAUUCUCCCAAAGGUACCAGGUGUUCACACUCCAUUCCGACAUGCCAAGCACGGAGCAGAAAAAAGCAAUGAAGACCUCCCCGCCUGGCAUUAGGAAGAUCAUUCUUUCCACCAACAUUGCUGAGACAAGCAUCACCAUCAAUGAUGUGGUUUUUGUCAUUGAUUCUGGAAAAGUCAAAGAGAAGUCCUUUGAUACCGUCAGCCGUGUAUCGAUGUUAAAAACAGUUUGGAUUUCAAAAGCCAGUGCUCUUCAACGAAAAGGAAGAGCCGGGCGCUGCCAGCCAGGGAUUUGUUUUCACCUCUUCAGCCAACUAAGGUUCCGCAACAUGCAGGAGUUUCAGGUUCCACAGCUGCUGCGGAUGCCUCUGCAGGAAUUAUGUCUGCAGACCAAACUACUGACUCCCUGUCCAAUAAUGGAAUUCUUAUCCAAAGCUCCACAACCUCCUCUUUUACAUGCUGUAAAGAGUGCUGUGCAGAUGCUUAAGACAAUAGAUGCCCUAAACCCAAAUGAAGACCUUACUGAUCUUGGCUUCCAUCUGGCCGAUCUACCAGUGGAGCCCCAUCUGGGAAAAAUGGUGCUGUGUGCGGUGGUGCUCAAAUGUCUGGACCCCGUUUUGACCAUUGCCUGUACGCUAGGCUAUCGGGAUCCCUUUGUUCUUCCUGCCCAGGGCUCUCAGAAGAGAGCUGCUCUUCAAUGCCGCAAACGUUUCUCUUCCAACACCUUCAGUGACCACAUGGCCCUGUUGAGGGCAUUCCAGGCAUGGCAGAAGGCCCGUAAUGAUGGCUGGGAGAGAGCCUUCUGUGAAAAGAACUUUUUAUCCCAAGCCACCAUGGACAUGAUUCUUGGCAUGAGAACACAACUAAUGGGACAGCUUCGCGCUAUUGGUUUUGUCAGGGCCCAUGGGGAUGGUGAUAUCCGCAACGUGAACAUCAACUCAGAAAACUGGGCUGUGGUGAAGGCAGCCCUGGUUGCGGGCAUGUACCCAAAUCUGGUUCACAUUAACCAAGAGACAAAACUGCCCUGCAGUAACAAGGAGAAGAAAGUCCACUUUCACCCCACAUCCAUCCUGAGUCACCCCCAACAGAAAGGGGAUAUUUCAUCCAAGUCAUCCCAGACCCUUCCCACAGACUGGUUGGUCUAUGAUGAAAUGAGCCGAGGCCAUAGGAUUGCCAGUGUUCGCUGUUGUUCUUUGGUGACGCCCAUUACUGUAGCAAUAUUUGGAGGAAGUUCCAGACCUCUCACCUUCACCCGUCAUGAAGCUUCUGUUCAGAAAGACAGUCCAGCUUGUGACAUGAGUGAUAGCGACACAGAGGACUCCGCCGAGAUGAAGAUUGACGACUGGCUCAUCUUUCAAAUGGACAAUGAGUUGGCAGAAUGGGUGUUUGACCUGAGGCACAAGUGGCAUCAUCUGUUCAUCAAGAGAAUCGGUGGCCUUUCAAAACCCUGGUCUCAGCAAGAUGAGAUGGCCAUUCAGACCUUGGUUUCUGUGCUUACAAUAGAGGAAAAGGGAGCAGGCUUGGAGCAGCCCACAGGGAUAGGCCAGCGUCCUCGCCCCGCGUUGUCAGAGGAGGGCAUCCAGAACUCUAUAAAGAACUGUAAAGGCAGCCCAAAGCUUCCUUGCAUGGCAACUGAUGACAGGGCACCAGAAGUGUCAGUCUUGUGUCAGAAGAAACCACAGAACAAAGAUAAGACUUCACUGCCCAGAAAUCCUCUCACGGAUGAACUUCCUUCCUCCAGCAGUUCCUCCUCUUUUCAUUGUUCAAAUCCGGCCUUUGCAUCAGUGCGUUACUUCAUCAUGAAAAGCAGCAACAUGAGGAACAUAGAAAUUUCACAGCAGAAAGGCAUCUGGUCCACCUUACCAAGCAAUGAGAGCAAUCUCAUCCAGGCUUUCCAUGAGAAUGAAGUCAUUCUCAUCUUUUCUGUCCAAGGCUCUGGACACUUCCAAGGCUACGCUCGCAUGUCAUCAAUUAUCAGUCAUACGAAUUGUCAAGAUUGGGGGCUCACAGGAUUAGGAGGAGUUUUCAGUGUGGAGUGGCUCUGCAAGAAAAGUCUACCUUUCCGGUGCACCCAACACAUCCUCAACCCGCUGACAGACUACAAGAAGGUCCAGAUUAGCAGAGAUGGUCAGGAGUUAGAUGCCCAAGCAGGCAGACAGCUGCUGUCACUCUGGGAGAGAAACACCAGCAGUCACAGUUGACACCAUCAUUUGCACUAUUACUACAACCCUUUGUCUUUUGUGGACAAUUUGUUUCCACUAUGCCUUCUGGGAGUGUUUCUUCUGCAUUUUACCUUCAGCUGGUUGUGUGAUGAAUUGGAACGUUCAACACUGUUUUUUCUGUCGUUAAGAAUUUGCAGUAUUGACUUGUUCUUAACAGUACAUGUUCAUAAUAAUACUGGAAAAUGUUUUUGACAAAUGAUUCCAUUUAGUUCUUUGAUACACUUGCAUUUUAUAGGUGAGUUUGACCAUGCUUAUGAAAUAUGAUGUUGUUUAUUAUUCACAUUACAUUGUACCAAAGAAUGUAGUUUCAGUCUCAGUUUCAUGUAUUAUAUUAUGUAUCAAUAAGUUGACAAUAAAUUGUAUUCUUUUGGAGUGGAGUGAAGGUAGUCUACACGUGACCCUCCACAUCGUUUUUUUGUGGCCCUUGGAAGCCGAAAAUAAAGUGCAAUGUAUUCA